CCUCGCUGACGCUCAGAAGAUUAAGGUGUUCACGAACAACGACACAACGUUUACGAUCGUUUUUCCCCUUGAGAGAUCUCAACGUUUCCACUUUCAACACAGUGCGACUUCGUCCUCAUCCUCGACUAUGCAAAGUGUUUCCCUGACAACAAGAUUUGCGCAGAUUUUGCGUCCCUUCGCAACGUGCGCGACGCAAACGGCGCAACUUGUGCCUUUCUCGCGCCGCUUCUCGCUUUACAUGUCAGCACCUGAGUACCUACCUCAGGAAUCCCGCUACAUGCAGUUUUCCUUGCUCGGUUAUUCCUCGCCGACGCUUCCUUCCAUUGACGGCAGCAGCGCCGCGGACGGCAUAUCUGCGACCCUCGUCUCCAGCCUGCCGGGAAGUCUCUCGACUACGCACACCACUGCACCGGAUGAUCGAAACGCGCUGUUUUUCCCCGCGGCGAAUGACAAGGUGUAUUUCUACAUCGCGGAGGCCCAGAAAAUCGUCGACGAUACCUACAGCCUCGAAAUGGCUAAUCUAGGGGCUACGAAUUCUACCGUUGGGAGUAGCACGUCGACACUCAGCAAUAGUGACAGCGACAGCGCAUCCGCGAGUGGAACUUUAGAAUCUUCGACAAGCAGCUCUGCGAGCACGGGAAGCGUUUGUGCCGCACAUCUGGAGAACAAUCUAAUCUCGAUUGCGGAGAGGACGUUGGACGAGUCGGCUUCAGCGUGCGCAAACUUUCGAGCCAACAUAUUUCGCACGAUUCCGGAUCCCGCGCCUGCGCUGCGUGGUUAUUUUGAGGAAGCCGCGAGUAGUGCAGCCACCUCUUCUUCACAGGAUGAAACAUCGUCAGACAACCCUGCUCUUGUCAUAAAAUCACUCGCGGAAGGCAGUACGCAUCAUCUUCCAUCUUCGGGAGCGACGACAAGUUCCGCAUCUUCAGUGGACGCAUCUUCAAGUUCCUCGUCCACCGACAUGCAGCUACCUGCAGGCUUUACGAUGAAUAAGACGCAUUGUUUUGGGCAAAAUCGUGUAUGCAGAAUAGCCAGACACACGAAGUUUCAGCUUCAGGAUGGAUUUUCUUAUCGAUUGUGUUUUCUACGGUGGAGCGGCACUCAAACACCAUCGCUUAUCUCUUCCGCGGACGUUCGCGUGAAAAAGCCGCCUGUGCGGAAAGUCAUAAAGUUCAAAAUCGAUCUUUCGUACCAGUUAAGAAUACGGUUCAUAGAUCGGACUCAUUUUUGUCGGAAGUCCAGAACGCAAUGCCUGUUUUGAGUCGACACGAUACAUGAUAAUCUUUAUGUAGUUUCAAAUACUUAGAAAAACAACCGAGUUCAGGGUAAACGCCAUCCACCUUCAUCUACCCCGUCGCAGGCAGCCAACGAAGCACUAGCAGCCCAGAAUCUCACUGCUGCAGACGUGAAUGCAGGGCUUUCGGGAAUCGUGCAUCGCCCAGAAACCUACACACAACUACGAUCAGCGUGCGUCGCGAAAGUGCAAGCGCUCUAUGGGAUCCCCGAAAGUUGGAUCGCGAAACUGGAGUUUACUCCAGGGUCGCUUGUGGUAGAGAUGCACUUGCGAAUGCUUGCAGCGGACUACAAUCGAGUUGAAAUGUCCUCGAGUAGUGGAGGCCAAAGUGCUGCAUCUUCUCUGAGUGGAGCAAAUCCGUCUUCAUCAGGAUCCGGCGGUUCCUCUAGUGGUACUGAUACUGCGACUUCGACAGCGGCAUCGUCGCAGUGGCUGGAACAGGCCCUGUAUGAGGAUUUAAAGAACACAGUUCUCUUACCCAUACUGCAAGCGGACUACAUCGAUGCACAAGGUGGCGCCCCUGUAUUGAUGUCCUUGAACGAUUUGCAAAGUGAGCUCGUUGUCUUGAAUGCCAACGACCCUUCGGUAGUCGACAGACCACGCGUCGUUCUGCCGGAAUCCAGCACGAGCUCAACGCAAUCGCCUCCGUCUAGCAAUAAGGCCAACUCAUUGCAGCUGGACUAGAACUUAUAUAUAAUUGUCAGAGAAGAUUUGGUAUAUGCUCUAGAUUGAAAUUUUUUCCUUUCCCCUCUACUAAAAAGAUCUGCAGCAGGGUUCUAAUACUGCGUCGAGUUCGGAUAGUGACAGCAGUGACACAAGCGGGACAACGGUCGGUCUCGCGAUCGGAAUCCCAUGUGGCAUCCUCCUGCUCAUCGGCGGAUUCCUAUUUUGGCGCUACUAUCUAAAGCGUGACGAGGAAGAGGACGAUGCGCUUUUCCCAACCUUGCUCGCGCCAGACGAGCUCCCAGGUGGGCGUAAGUCGCGUAGGUACUCGGAUUCCGAUGUUGAGAUUGUCCAAGAGGAGGAACCGCGCUACCUGAUGCGAAAGUGGUUUCAUGUUCUGAUGGACGUAGAUCAGCCGCUGGUGCGCACGUGUGUUUUUUGCUCGCAGACACCGGAAGACCUUGCUUGUGCGGAAGUAGAGCAAGCGAAGGAGCGUGCGCUCUAUGGGGAUCAUACGGGAGAAGGGGGAUUUUCUUUCAGUUCGAUGUCCUUGUUGCCAGAGCGGCUCCUCGCGCUCGGAUCGGACUAUGGCCGAGUGCAGCCUCCUGGUGCGGGAAGCAGUCUGUACCUCGUGGACCGAGCGCUGGGCCGUGAGGACCGCAUUCCGAAAACAAGGAAAACUGUACGUCCCCGUGGUGAGGCUGGUGGCGAAGGAGUAGACAAUGCGUUGGAGGUGUCCGCAAAUACCAAUGCUACCGCAGCAGGCGUCGAGCAAAUUCAGCUGAUGGAUGCAUCUGCAGAACCUGGCGGCACCGCAGAAGAUAAUGUUCUCAAGAAACUGUCGUCCUCGUCGAAGAGAGAUAGCAGCAAUGCGGUGAUUAAUAAGAGCAACUCUGCGCGAUUGUCGUCCAGUUCCGUCGAAGGAAACGCAGCGCCGCGUUUGCAUUUAGCAGUCUACGUCUCGCGGUCAAAUCCGGACGUGCGCAUAACGUGUUGCAACUACUGCGUGAAACUUGCGAACAAAAUCUUCAUGAGGGACGAUGCAGUGGAUGAAUGGCGCAAGUUGUCUGAUGUCGAUGUGUCGCUCGAUGCAAUUCAGCGGUCCAUAGACGACUUUCUCGACGCUCAAGAAGGUCGUGGUGCCUACAACAGUCCGGGCUACAAUGCAACUGGCGACUUCCCCGGCUUUGGAAAUGGAGCGCACUUGGCGAUCGAAAACAACGCGCCAACGCCUAGCGGUGCGUGGUGGGCGGGGCUCGCGCCGUCCUGGCUGGGCGGGUGGGUGCAGGCGGCUGCACCAGCUGGGCCAGCGGAAAUGCAAGGUGGAGCUCCAAGGAAAGCGAUUGAGCAGAGGAUAGAGAGUGACACGAAAAAUGAUGGUGAAGCGCAGAAGGAUGAAAAGACGGUAAAAUCUGCAAUACUAACAUCCAAAGCAGAAAAUGAUAGUCUCAGGAAUGCGUCAAUGCCAAGCCGUCAGCAAUAUCUGCCGAACUGCUGCUCGCAAGAAGGACCAAAGCAUCUUCCCUCGAGAAAUGGAAUAGAAGAAGGUGUGCAGCCCGAUUCUACAGUCCCUUCCCCUGUGGAGGAUACAAAAAUAUUAGUGGUUGACUCUCCAUCGAUCGAUACGAUGCCGAUCGACAAAAGACGAACAACCAUGACGGCAGAACCGCAACAGAUUGAGGAGAGCGUUGUGCCGCAGCGCAUCCAGGGGGGAUCAAUCUAUCGUCUCAAGUUAUGGCUCUUCUGUUCGACAAGGUAGUCUUGGUGCCUAUGUGAAGAUCCAGGCAGAAUAUUCAAACAGCACUUUUAUUUUGCCCAAAAGAAUUGAAAGAUCUUGGUCUUCUUCGGUUCAAAACAUUAUUUUGCAUAAGAAUGAGUUUUCAGCAUGCUUAUUUGAGUACUUAGCCAAGCCCAAGAGUUGGCGUUCUUCAUCAUCAGCUGGGUACCUAAGCCUCGCUCUAACACGCAAGCCAGCGGGUGCAGAUGGACAGGAGGUUUCGGCGUUAGCAGCUACAAAAGGAGAUAGUAGUGCAUCCAUCGAAAGCAUGCUGCCAACGCUUCCGGGAGCUGGGGAUGGCAAGAAAAAGCGUAGGCUUCUGCGAAAAAAGCAACGGAAAACAGGGGUUUUGGGUGAAAAUAUAUACGACGAAGAGGACGGAGGAGGUGGUAGCCCACAGUCACCCGGUUCGCCGUCACCAGCUAAAAGUAGUCCAAGCCCAAAGGGGAGCGGCAAAAAGCGUGCACGGAAGUCAAAAGCCCCCAUCUCACCAGGUGGAGCAGAGAGCAAGAAUACUAACAAGGAGGAAGAGGCACCAGAACAGGGAGCGACGCGGAGACCUCGGAAGGUGAGCGUGCGUACGAAGCGGGCAUCAGGUGACGAACAACAACAAACGGAGGAAGGUGGAGAGCCGCGAAGGCGGUCUGCGAGUGGUCUUCGAAUAAACAGACCAGAGGCGACUGGAGGAGCCCCCAAAAAACCCAGAAAAAGUAAAAAGAAGUGAGAGUCUAGGAUAAUGCACAUUUUCUUUGUUGAAGUAAGUGCUAGCAGUAGAAGUGCAAGGAAGUGUCCAAGGUUUUUUUGUAUCAGUUUAGUUGUUUGUGUUGCAUUUUUUAAGUUGAACUCUGAAUCCAACAAUAGAGGAUAGGAUUGAGUCCUAGAUCAAGUUGUGUCUCAUUCUAACGUAUUUUUGCAUCCCUUCCCAGUUAAUAAGUGAACUUUCGUCUUUGCAUUUCUAGUCAAGUGAUGCUUUCUAAAAUAGUAUGGUAUAUGCAGCUUGUUGUGGUAUUCUUUCCGCUCGCAAUGGUCCGGAUACUGGAUCGUUUCUUUCUUUUUGUUUGAGCAUGGAUUUGCAAGUUUGCUGAUAGUCUAGUUUUCGUUAAUCACACUAGAUUGAUAACGCUAAUCCUUGUAUCUGUUUAUUGGGCUAAAGUUCGGACAGAUAUUAUAUGCGGUAAAGUGCACAGAAUGAACGCUAAGACUCACGUAAGUACACAGGUGAUAGGCAUUUAGGUCGUUAUUAUGUUACUGCGUAUUUCGUGGGCAUGAAUCAGCUUGGGCUACGAAAUUCAAUUAGGUGAAAAUUUGCUACUGACAGACAGAUCCGUCAACUAAAAUUUAGAAGCUUGACGGGCGGUGGAC